AUGCCGCCAGAUGCCCGGGUGGUGAUUGGGGUUGCAGAGGUCAACAUGCAUGCCAAGGUGCUGGCUCCGGUGGCCGUGUACUGUGGCAGUGUCCCUCGGACCAGCUCCGGCCCCACCGCACUCCCAGGUGGGAGCCAUGACUCCGGUCUGCAGGCUGAUGGAGAAGCCUCCGUCCAGCCAAUGUCCAGCGUCCUCCUGGAGAAGCCGUCACAGCUCUUGAAUGGGCGUGGGGACCCUGGCAGCCUCAAGCUGGAUGCUCCCCUGAAAGGCUGGCAGGCCAUGAACGGCCACCCCAGGAACCUCGGGGCCCUGUCUCAGGGGCCCCACUCCCUGGUACCCCUUCCCUCGCUGGAGUCAGAGGCCAGCAGUGUGGCCCGAGACACCACUCAGAUCAAGGACAAGCUCAAGAAAAGAAAGCUCUCGGAGGGCUUGGCAGCCUCUACCCAAGCCUCUCUGGAUCCUGGGGGAGGCCCCAAAGGAGUUCCCUUGAGGAGCGCCAUCCCCCGGGCCGCCCCUCAGAGGUUGCUGAGGGUGCCCAGGCCGAUGCCUCCCAUCCAGAGCAUCCCGACCACCCCUGAGGCCAGCGGGACCAGAGAGAGGAGCCUGGACCAGCCUGGGAGCAGCGAGGGGACCCAGGAGAGGAGUCCCAGUGUCCAGGAGGUACAGAUCUCCCGGCAAUACCUGCACUGCAAUGACCAGGAGAUGCACCAGUCCCUGGGGGGCAUUGUGAUCCCGCCCAUCCCAAAGGCGGGGGUGCCCGAGGGGACAUCCUCCUGUACUCCUGGCUCCCUCCCCAGCCUCUUGCCUCCAGGCCAGGAUGUCCUCACGGGCCCGAAGGCCCGCCCCACUAGAUUGGUUCGGGAGAGUGGGCCUCGGGAGAAGACCCCGAAAUCUCUCGAGCCAAAACCCUUGGCCCUGCCCAUCAGGGACAGGUCUGCUGCCCCCGAGAAGCCCGCCGUGCCUUCACCUCGAUCUGCUCCCACACGGGCAGCCUUCUCCGGCCACGCCGACGCCCAUCCCCCGCUGAAGGAAGAGGACCAGAAGGAGAGCAGCACCGAGGUCCAGGUCACCAUCUCCAAGUCCGCCCAGGAGAAGAUGCGAGCAAAACAGAUGAAGGAGCUGGAUGUGUUCCAGAGGGCGAAGGAGCCGGAGAGGGAGCGGGAGCUCACGGCCCAGAGCCUGGGUGCCCGCAAAGCCUUGGUGAAGGAAGGCCUGCUCCCCCUCCGGAGCAGGGGGGCCCUGUCGGUACCCACAGGGAUAAGCAGCCCACGCAGAAACAACAUCGGCGUCAUCCUGAGGAAGCGAGCCAACCGGGCCUCCCUGCCCAGCAUCCCUGUCAGCAGGCAGGAGCCCAGCUUCGCCCGCCAUGCCUCAGCGAACUCACUGCCCGCGGUGCUGAGUCUGGGGUGGCCUGAGUGGGAAGAUGAGGAGGACGAGACAGAUCCUUGGGCCUUUAAGGAGCUGAGGCCUUUCUCCAACCCCGAGCUGGCGUUGAUGGAUGCCCUCCAGUGGCUGGACAGCAGCGACUGGCACAGGAAGGAGAAGGGCCUGGUGAGCAUCCAACGCCUGGCGGCCUGUCACUCAGAGGUGCUCGUUGGGAGGCUGCACGAAGUGUCCUUGGCCGUGACUGGGGAGGUCACCAACCUCCGCUCCAAGGUGUCCCGCUUGGCCAUCAGCACCCUGGGAGACCUCUUCCGGGCCUUGAAGAAGAAUAUGGACCAGGAGGCUGAAGACAUUGCCUGCUGCCUGCUGCAGAAGAUGGGGAACGCCAGCGAGUUCAUCCAGAGAGCAGCCAACCGGUCCCUGGGGGCCAUGGUGGAGCAUGUGACCCCGGCGCGAUCCCUCGUGGCCCUCACCUCAGCGGGCAUCUACCACAGAAACCCCUCAGUCCGGAAGUGCACCGCCGAGCACCUCUCAGUGGUCCUGGAGCAGAUAGGUGCCGAGAAGCUUCUCUCCGGCAGCAGGGACAGUACAGACACGCUGGUGCACAACCUGGUGAGACUGGCACAGGACUCCAACCAGGACACCAGGUUUUAUGGCCGGAAGAUGGUGAAUGCCUUGAUGUCAAACACAAAGUUUGAUGCGUUUCUGAAGCAGUCUCUUCCGUCCCACGACUUGCGGAAGGUCAUGGCGGCCAUUAAACAGAGGGGCCUAGAAGACAGCGAUGAACUGCCAUCUACCAGAGGCCGCAAGGUGUCCAGGAGUCUGGCGGUGUGUGAGAAUGGGCUGCCUGGUGAGGACGGUCUCAGCUCCAAUGGCCCGAGGCUGGCGGGACUGCGCUUUUCCAAGCGGGGUGGCUCGGAGAUGGUGGAGCAGCUGCGAGAGCUGACGCGGCUGCUGGAGGCCAAGGACUACCAGUCUCGGAGGGAAGGCGUGGGGCAGCUCCUCGAGCACUGCAAGGCCAAGCCAGAGCUCAUCACGGCCAACCUGGUCCAGGUCUUUGAUGCUUUCACCCCAAGGCUUCAGGAUUCCAACAAGAAAGUGAACCAGUGGGCUCUGGAGUCCCUCGCCAAGAUGAUCCCCCUCCUCAGAGGGAGCUUGCACCCCAUGCUGCUCUCCAUCUUCAUCGCCGUUGCAGACAACCUCAACUCCAAGAACGCAGGGAUUUAUGCUGCCGCUGUGACCGCACUGGAUGCCAUGAUUGAGAGUCUGGACAACCUGUGCCUCCUGCCCAUGUUUGCUGGGCGGGUGCGUUUCCUGAGUGGCCGCGCGGUGCUCCACGUCACAGACCGCCUGUCAGCGCUGGUGGCCUCGGUGCACCCCCGGAAGCCCCAGGCCGUGGAGCGUCACGUCCUCCCGGUCCUCUGGUACUUCCUGAGCAACACCACGGGGAGCGGUGUCCUGCCUGGACACGGCGGUGGGAGCAUCCGUGCGGCGGUGUGCCGGCUGUGUCGGUGCCUCCAGGAGCACCUGGGCCCCCGGCUGCAGGAUGCAGCUGCGGGCCAGCCGAAGCACGUCCUCAGAGCACUCCGGGAGCUCUUAGACUCGGAAUCCCGGUGAGGCAGCCCCGAGGUGGCCAGCAGAGUGAUGGUGCCCAGCAGCGAGACCUCCGGCAGCCCACACGCC